AUGCUGCAUAGUUUCUCUCUAAGGUUUGGCGUACCUCCCGAUGUGAUAGACCAGAUCAGCACGCUGAUCGAGUUGGGGGUGAAGGAUGUGAGGCGGUUGAGUCUGACUAGCCAUGGCGAGUUCUCUGUGACCUCAGCCUGGGAGAGCAUCCGGACUAGAUUGCCGAAGAGGGAGAUUUUUGGCAUAAUUUGGAAUCAGGGGUUGACCCCCACCAUCUCGGUGUUCAUUUGGAGGUUACUGUUUGGUAGGCUGUCGGUGGAUGAGAAGUUCCAGAGGAGGGGGAUUGAGUUAGCGUCUAGACACUGGAGGUGGGAGAGGGAGGACUGGUUCGAGGUUCUGAUGGAGGCCUUCUGCGUGCCUUCUGUUCUCCGUUGGGACACCUCCGGGGACAGUACCCCUGGGCCGGACGGUUUCACCUUAACCUUUUUCCAGAAAAGCUGGUCAAUUGUGGGUCUGGAUUUUACCGAUGCCAUCGACCAAUUCUUCAAAGGUGCGUUUCUUCCACGUUGCAUCACCGCAACCACGAUUGUGCUCCUCCCAAAGAGAGAAAAUCCUGCCAUGUGGUCGGAUUACCGGCCUAUUAGUCUGUGCAAUGUGAUUAACAAAGUCAUAACAAAGAUCCUCACGGCUAGACUCUCGCCACUACUCCCGCUUGUGAUCUCGCCGAAUCAAAGCGGCUUUGUUAAGGACCGCCUGCUGAAUGAUAACUCGUUGCUCACUCAGAAAAUGUUUCAUGAAUUAUCUAGAUGCAGACCCUCCCCAAACGUUGCUCUCAAGCUCGACAUGCCAAAGGCCUACGACCGAGUGGCUUUUCCUCCUUUCCUCUCAAACUCGUUGCUUCUGGGUCCCUGGUUUCCGAUUCGCCAUGAUGCAGUCCAGUGGCCUUUCCUCCUUAAAGUUAUGCAGCACAUGGGAUUUCCUGAGCCUUGGCUGAGCCUAGUUGACCGUUGUAUAGGCUCGUGCUAG